AUGAGUGCUGAACAGGAAGAACUCCCAUCUAGCGAUAUUAAUCCAGGCAAUGCUCUUGCACGAGUUCAGGAAUGCCAAAAGUACCUUACACUUCAAAUGUGGACACAAUACUCGUUUUUAUACAAGCUUCUUGCACAAUUUCAAGAUAUCAGAGUACGCGGAGCUGGAAAAAUGCUUCGCGAUGACGAUGAGUUUACAAAAGCAUGGAAUGCCUUACGCACUUCUUCUGUAGACAUGAUGCUCAAAUGCUUAGAAAGUGCUCAGAGUUUUGAAGAAUUUAAGCUUUGGAUAAAUCACCUUGCUCCAAUUAUCAAUGAUCCUCGCACAUUAUGGAAUAUAAUUCAUACAGAAGUACAAAUCAGUUUGAAAGUUACACUUGAGCAAUCCAGAGAAAUUCAAGACGCCUUCUUUACGCAUGAAAUGCUCUUUGAGUAUAGUUUAGAAUCAUUUUUACAAUCAAGUCUCUGUGAUUUUAAAGAAGCAACAACAGAAGAAUCAUUAGUCGAUAUUUUCUAUGCAGCAGCAGGAUUUAUUCGAGCAUGCCAGCUUCCUGAUGAGUACAGAAUUACUCAAAAGCCUUUCAUUGAUCAUGUCGAAAAUUUACUCACUCAUUUUACAGAAAUUCCAGAUUUUGAUGCCAAUAGAUUUGUUUGGCUUGUUGAGUCUAUUCACGACCACUUGCAUCUAAUGGAAAAUAACUUUAUUCAAAUUUGCAAAUCUGUUUUAGAAAAAAUGAUCAGCCACAAAGAUACAGGCGGCGGCUCAAUCUCAAAAUUAUACAAGAUGUGCGUUAUUUCUACUUCUCCGUUUUUACAAUCUCUCCAAGUUAUUAGAGAUUCCAUUGAUAAAGCUUUCGAAGCUGUUUUAACUGAACAGCACAGCUUUGCAAGGAAGUACAUAUUCGGUGGCUACGUUAAUUGCCUUUGGACUGGUCCCGAACAAAAGCGAAUUUCGGAUCCUCUCAGAACAUGGGUAUUAUACAUCAAUAACCUUCAGAAGAAGAUCAAACAGCACUCGGAGCUUCCAGUUCUCCUUCUUGCCGAUUUCAUUGACGAUUCUUUACAGUAUUUCACCGGUUAUUACGGUGAAGUUCAGCCAACAAAAGAAAGAGCAGUGAAUUUGAGGAUGGAUCUCUUCACUAUUGUACAAACAGUGAAAGAUGUGUAUCCCAUAAAGUUCACUGAAGCUGCCCUCAAGAAGUUGUGGUUCUUAAUGACAAUUGCAGCUGUUUGUGGUGCUUCUGACGAACAAUUACAGAAUAUUAAACAAGAAAACGCAAAAAGUGAUGAUCCUUUCCUUGGAUUGAAACAUAAUGGUAGAGAUUUCGAGGAUUAUAAGCUUGCUUUAGGCUGUUUACAGAAGAAAUUUGUGGAUGAAGUUGAUUCUUUCCCAAUUAUGAUUGAAUUUAUUAGAAAACGUAUGAAUGGUGUUAUUGAUGAAGAAUAA